AUGAUGUUCCAAUCCACCGCCGCAGCCGGUCUGCUCUUCACCCUUGGCGCCUCUGCCCAGUCGGUCAUCUCCAGUGGCCAAGGCUUUGGUACAUACUACUAUGAUAUCGAUCAGGUUGAUGCCUGUGGUACCACCUUCGAGUAUCAGAACCAAGGUGGAGUCAUGUGCAGCUCUGAGACUCUUCUCUCUCUUAACGAGAUGGACACCAACUACGUCGUUGCCAUGAACAACACUCAGCUGCGUGCCGAUCCAUCCCAGUACUGCGGCAAGAAGGUCGUUGUCACCGUCAAUGGACAGAAGUCGGACCUGCAGCUCUUCAUCGGAGAUGGCUGCCAGCGCUGUGGCACCGGCUCCUCCACCAGUGACACCUGGAACUCAGAGGGUGCUCCAGGCCUCGACUUCAGCUACUCCGUCCUCGACCAGUUGUCCGGAGGUAGCGCCUGUAACGACGGCCACGUCUCCAUCUCAUGGGAGAUCCUUGACGAGACCAUCUACAAUUUUGAUGGCAGCUCUUCAGGAUUUACCUCGUCCUCUGGAUCUAGCAGUUCGGACACCUCCAGCUCUCAGUCUGCCACUCCAACUACGAUGCAAACCAGCGCGUCUGCUGCGCAGUCUACUGCAUCAUCCACCGCCUGCUCAGACAACGCAUGGCAAUGCAACGGCGAUGUCCUAGAGCAGUGCAUCGGCUCUACCUGGACCCCCCGUGCUACAUGCGCUGCUGGUUCUAGCUGCAAGGGUGGUUCCAACCCGUACUGCUCCUGA